AUAACGUAUCAAUAUCAGCCCAACUUUUGAUUUCCGACACGAUGAAUUCAAUAUUCAAUAAUUUAUAUGAACACACUUGUGACACUAGUGUAGAUAAAUCAAUGGAUCAUCAGGAUUUAUUUUUAUCAUUUAUUUGACAAAAUUUAUUCUAGGUGUCAUGGCUGUGUCUGCAAAAUCAUUUGGUUUUCUCACAGUUUUAAUAAUCAAGAAUAUAAUCUGCAGUUGUCUACAUGUUACUGCACCAGCAAAUAGUCCCAUACCGGCAUCCAAAGCUGCUGCUUACAUUCCCUCUGAAUGUUAUCCCAAUGCUACAAGGAAUGAAUCAGUUCAAGAUUCAUACCCCGGUGGUGUCGAGGUCAAAGAUCCGUAUCGCUGGUUGGAAAAUCCGGAUUGUCCCGAAACAAGGCAAUUCGUUCAAGAUCAAAUGGCCAUUACCAAGCCUUACUUGGAGAAAAGCCCAUUCCGUGCAGAAUUGCAAACUCGCUACAAAGAAUUAAAUAAUUUUCCAAAGUCCUGGUGUACUUUUCAAAAAGGAAAAUAUUUUUUCAGUUUUCGGAAUAAUGGUUCGCAGAAUCACGAUGUGCUCUAUAAAUCAGAUUCAAUGACUGGUGGAGGUGAGGUAUUUCUCGAUGUGAAUACCCUCAGCAAAGAUGGAUCCGUUUCAUUAAGUGCCAUUACUUUCACCGAUGAUGGAAAACUUUUCGCAUAUGCACUCAGCAUAAGCGGCUCUGAUUGGAUGACGGUGUACUUCAAGGAUGUGGAAAAAGGUACUGACUUCAAAGAUAAGUUGGAAAUGGUUAAAUAUUCAGGUUUACCAUGGACAAAUGAUGAAAAAGGGAUAUUCUACGGGGGCUUUCGAGAUCAAAAAGGGAAAACCGAUGGUUCUGAAAACAAGGUUAGUAAAAAUCAUAAAAUAUACUACCACGUGCUUGGAACUGAGCAGAAUGAAGAUAUUCUCAUAGCGGAAUUUCCAGAGAAUCCUGAUUUUUAUUUAGGUGCCCAAGUGAGCAACUGUGGUAAAUAUUUAAUUAUCACCUCAUCAACUGGCUGUGACAAUAAUUUGGUAUAUGUAGCGGAUAUAAGUAAUGGAAUCGUGGCCAAACCCGAACUGAAACCAAUUGUCACAAAAUUGGAAGCAAAUUAUUACUUUAUUGCCAACAACGACAACGAAUUCAUUUUCCAAACUAAUAAAGACGCCGAUAAUUACAAAUUAAUUUCCUUCGAUAUUACAAACCCAGAUCCCAAAACAUGGAAAGACCUUAUUCCCGAAAAUAAAAAUAAUUCUUUGAAUUGGGCUUCCGCAGCGCAUGAUAAAUAUCUAAUUUUGUCUUACAUUGAAGAUGUUAAGGAUGUCGUUUAUUUUCAUGACAUAAUGACCGGCGAGAUGCUGAAAAGAUUCAAAUUUGACGUUGGUUCCGUUGAUGUUUGCUGUGACAGAAAAACCUCCAACGUAUUUUUCAACUUUGCGUCGUUUCUUACUCCUGGUAUCACUUAUCAUUGUGAUUUAUCGAAACCACCUUUUGAUUUAGAUAUCGUAUAUGAAAUUAAGUUGAAAAAUUUUGAUCGUGAGAAAUUCGCAGUGGAACAAGUAUUCUUCAAGAGUAAAGAUGGAACCAAAGUCCCCAUGUAUAUUGCCUAUAAGAAGGGUCUCAAGAAAGAUGGUAAUAAUUUCGCUUUCUUGCAUGGUUACGGUGGAUUUGGGUGCAGCACAUUACCUUACUUCUCUAUUCAUCGUUUAGUAGUCAUGAGUAAUUUCGAUGGUAUACAUGCCACAGCAAAUAUCAGAGGUGGAGGAGAAUACGGUGAAAAAUGGCAUCAAGAUGGGUGUUUGGAGAAGAAACAAAACAGUUUCGAUGAUUUUCAAGCCGCUGCUGAAUUUCUGAUCGCAGAACAAUACACCAACAGUAAAAUGCUUGUGAUCAAUGGAGGGUCAAACGGCGGUCUUCUAAUGGGUGCUUGUCUCAACCAAAGACCUGAUUUAUAUGCUGCUGUGGUCGCUGAUGUAGGUGUGAUGGAUUUGUUAAGAUUUGAUAAAUUUACAAUUGGGCACGCUUGGAAAACUGAUUAUGGUUCCCCAUCCGAUCCAAAAUUCUUCCCCAUUUUGUACAAAUACUCUCCUCUACAUAAUAUAAAAAUCCCUGAAAAUGGUGACCAGCAAUACCCCGCUGUUAUGCUCACAACUUCUGACCAUGAUGAUCGAGUUUCACCUUUACACUCAUUGAAGUUCAUUGCGACAUUACAAUAUGAAGCUAAGAAACAUCCCAAUCAGAAAAACCCUUUCAUAAUCAGGGUUGAAACAGAUGCCGGCCACGGAUGCGGAACACCGAUGGAUAAAAAAAUUGUUGAACUCGUAGAUAUGAUGUGCUUCAUAGUAAUCAAUCUGGGAAUCAAGUUUGAACCAUUCCUCUGUUAACGAAAUACUAGGUACCUACAUAAUGUAAACCUUGAAAUCUAUAAGUAUUUCAAGGGCCUUCCAAACUGUGAAAUUCCUCUUGAUCUGCUCAUGACAACUCAAACAGUAUUUUGUAGCAUAAGUUGAAUAUCAUUAGUUCAUCACAUAAUGCAGCUUAGAUACAAAAUAUGAAAAAGUUA